UUUGAGGAUUUCAAAUGAAAUGGGCUUUUGAAACAUUACAACGUUAUCGUAAGAGGUUCUGCAUGUUCAACGAUGACAUACAAGGAACUGCUGGUGUUGCUCUCGCUGGACUAUUGGGAAAUGUGAGAGCUCAAGGGCAGCCAUUGAGUGAUUUUGUUAACCAAAAGAUAGUAGUGGUAGGGGCUGGAAGUGUUGGGCUCGGUGUUCUUAACAUGGCUAUUCAGGCUGUUUUGAGAAUGGUAGGGAACAACGAUUCUACUGCAAGAAAUCGAUUUUUUUUCUAAUAGACAAAGAUG